AUGCUCAGGCCACUCAGUACUAGGCCACUCGUCCCCCUCAGCUCCCGUCGUCCAGGUAUGCACCCCGGCGUUACUCGGCGGCCACUACCACCGCCAUCCCGCCUUCGAGCUUUCCAUGCCACCGCGCGUCGAGAGGUCAUUCCCCUCAUACCUGUAGCCGGACUAGCCAUGUUCAAAGGUGCAUCCCUCUUGACCGUCGCAACAGUCUUCUCGCGCAUCUUGAUCUCCUUCUUCCCCGUUGGGACCUUGGCGGCCUUCAAGAUGAUACGCGCCGACAAAUGGAUGGACUCUGAGAUCGUGCGGCCUUCUGUCGGUCCACCAGCGGAAGAUUUCUACCGCAUGUGGUGUGAAGGCGAGCAAGCUGUCAGAGUGCCAAUGGAAGAGACCGACCGUCUCAUCGACGUAGAGCCUGGACAUCUGGGCGGGUUGACGCUCGCAGACGGUAGGGUCGCGUACCCCGUGCCCAUGCCUCCGCGCUCCAGACAUACAGGCUUCAAGUCUCGCACUGGACCGCACUACACGCCGCAAGCCUUGAUGGAACAUUCUAAUGGCAAUAGAAAGCACGUCGCAUGGUGGAUACGCCGCGGCUACUUUAUCAUCCCACCGCUACCUCCUUCUGCCGAGCCCUACUACAAAAGCUUGCCGCAGAAAGAUAGAGAGGAGGUAGAUUCGCUGAGGCGAUAUUGGAUCGGCCUCAAAUUCUUCAAAGACUGCUUUGUCGCCGGCCGUAUUCUGUUGGCGCUCGUGUUCGGCCUUCCGUUCCUCCUCAUCUGCACCGCCUACAUUGCCGGUCUCGAGCGUGUACCCCUCACAGGACGCUGGAGACUCAUCCUCCUCACCCCUGAAGAAGAAGACGCGAUCUCAACCAGUUUGGGGGGUGGGAACUGGUAUCGCAGUGUCGUCAAUCUCUUGACCACCGCAGAACACCCAGCGCCGCCUAUCGUGCCCACCAACGACUGGCGUUGGGCAUGGGUACAAGGUAUCUUGACGCGUCUCGAGGAAGCUGCCUUGUCCGAAUGCCGUUAUACCCCGAAUACCUCUCUUGCCCCGUCCGACCCCGAUUCCUUACCAAUACCUCCACCGACAUACCACCCAUUCACCCCUCGUCCCCGCGCUUCUUCCCUCCUGCACUCUGUCCUCCCCGGCGGCGACCCCUCAACUGGCAGGGAGCACCUAGAAAUAGGUCCUCCCUACAAUAUAAUGCUGAUGCAAAAGGACGAAGAGAAUGCCUUUUCAUACGGUUUUGGGGGCAAGAGAGCUGGAGGGAUCGUGGUGUAUACGGGAUUACUGGAUCAUAUACUCGUCUCCCACGAUCCUUCUCCCGUUUCCGCCCAACCCUCUCAGACUGGCCUCUUGCGCGGUCUCUUUGGGUCUCGUUCACCACCUCCCACGAAGCCAACGCCGGAACAAGAUCUUCAUCUCGCGUGUGUUUUGGCGCACGAGAUGGGCCACCUCCUUCUUUCCCAUCACCUCGAGACUCUUUCUCAGCAGCAGGUCCUCUGGCCUAGUGUCCUUGGAUUGUCCAUGGACCUUAUCAGAGCGUUUAUCUGGCCCUUCACGUUCUUCUUGGGACCCACGGUGAAUGAUGCAUUGGCGAAUGUGGGCAGAACGGGUACGGAAGAACUAUCUCAGAAAUACGGCGAGAUCGGGUUUCAGUGGAAGCACGAGUAUGAAGCAGAUCUCGCAGGUCUUCGCCUCCUAGCCCGCGCGGGCUUCAACCCCCACUCAGCCCUCUCCCACUUUUCCUCCUCCGUAGCCUCCCUCCAAGAGAUCCAGCCCAUCGACAAGGCCGACGAUGGGCUGACGGGGGCCGUCUUCAAGCUCUGGAGUCGGGCGACGCAUCCGUCUGCUGGUGAUAGGAGUGAAGCGAUUAGGAAGGAGAUUGAGAGGUGGGAGCAGGAGAGAAUGGGGGGCAAGUAG